AUGCGGUCAGACCUCCUGCUGCUGCCAAUAUCGAUCAUUGAUCAUCAGUGCGGCUGGAAAAUCGCGCAGAACUCGGUAUAUUGUAUCACCGCCGAUAAGAGGAACCAUAUUUGAACAGAGGGCAUGAGCAGAGUGUGGAUGUGCUGGUAGCCUGUUAGCAAGCUCACCUGUUCGCGUCGGUGUGGCAAUGAUGGAGAACAUCGAGGAGCCUUCGCCUCUGCGGAUCACCCCCACUGUCCGGGCGCUGAGCUCUGCACUGCGGGGGAAGCGUGAAAAUGUCCACGAUUCCAGUCGGACAAACGGAGACAGAAUCUUCGCUGAACCAGAGAAGCUGUGGUUUAAGGAGAGCAGCGUUAAAAACCUGCGAAACAGAGACUUCUUGUCGCCGACCACGGUGCUGAACACGCUGUAUGCGGACGGACAGGUUCCUCCAGCAGUGAUGUCCAUGGUCAGUUCCCUUCGUGGUAGUGGGGUUCUCCCUAUGGCUGCUGGUGAGGUGAUGGAUGAUGGGCUGAGGGUGAGGGUGGACCGGGCUGCAGCCUUCAAAGCGGUUCUGUCCGGUGGAGCCACGGAGUAUCUGAAGCCCUCAAGUCAGAGGCAGGGCUCUGUGGUGGUGAACUGCCCCGUGCUGCAUCCUAAACCCAACAUACCCACUCCUGAUACACUGACCCUUGGUCAGUUGAGGACUAUUCUGGUGGCUGACCACAUGGGGGCACUGUUGAGAAGACAAGGGUUUUCAGUGUCCUUUUGCCCCAUGCUUCCCGAAGACAGCAACAUCAGCAUCUGCCUUCAAGAUUUAGGAAUCGAUUGGCCAAUAGCUCCAGCCAGCUGGACCAACGAGGAACAGGAGGAGAAGGUCCAGGAGGCACUGGAGAACUGCCCAUAUAGAGAGAGCGAAAUGGAGAGAGGCAAGAAGAAUGGAAGGAAAUCUGAGAUGGAUGAGAAUGAGGGAACACUCAGGGUCAACCUGAAAAGAGUGUUCCAAGAGGAGGGACUGCUGGGAUAUGACCCAAGCCUUGGUACCUGCACAGUGUGCAGGGACAGUGUUUUACACUUGGUACAACUGGAUUUAGCCAUGGCCCACUGCACAGUAGUCACGGCAACAGUGUUACAUGUGACUUCCUGUCAGGAUGAGUUUCGCCAGCAGCAGAUAGCAAUGCUGUGGAGAGCUCGUGGAGCAACACAUGCACAGAGACAUCUGGUCUGUCGGCCUGUGAAGACUCUUGGUUCUGACAUCACUGCUGCACAGUAUCUGCAGUUGAGAAGAGGUCAGAUGAAGGAGGCAUCAGAGAUGAAGUAUGGAGGUCAAGUAGAAGGUCAGACAUGGGAUGACAUCAUCAGGGUCAUGACCUCAGCCACUGUCAGAUUUGAGCUACUGUCUACAGUUCACAGUAGUCCUGUGACUCUGGAUGUGCAAAGAGAAGGGGGAGUGUCCACCAAAGGGCCGAGAGGAGGCGUGUUUGUGAUGUACAACUGUGCCAGACUUCACACUCUGUUUGACGGCUACGAGAGAGGAGUGGAGAAGGGUUUGUAUCCAGAAAUUCCAGAGGGCUCCCAGCUGGACUUCUCUGCUCUCACAGAGGAGGGUGAGUGGCUGCUCCUUUUCAAUUACCUCAUCACGUUCUCUGAGCUGCUGGACCAAUCGGGUCAAGUUAUAGACGGAGAAGGAGGAGGGGCCAGAGUCAAUAUGAAGACUGAACAGAUCUGUAAAUUCCUUGUGUCUCUCAGUAAAGACUUCAGCUCGUACUACAACAGAGUCCACGUACUUGGGGAGCCUUUGCCUCAUCUCUUCAACCAGAUGUUUUGUCGUCUGUAUCUGUUGAGAGCUUUGAGGGAGCUCUACCACAGCGCUCUGGACACCCUGAACCUUCCCCCCAUCAGGCAGCUGUAGCCUCAAUAUGAUAUAUUUCACUGCUGUGGUCACUGUUAGUCCUUCCUUCCCACCCACCACACACACACACAUACACACACACACGUGUACACACACACACAUACACACACGUGUAUACACACACACUUGUAGCUUCAUCGUAUAAAUAGUUGGAAAUGAAAUGAUGUCCACACUCUCAGCUUUCCCUCUCGUUAGUCAGUCAUGAAAUAUGAUAAAUCAUGUAAUGUAACAAUAGAUCUAAUUGGACAGAUUUUGUGUAAGAAUUUAAACAGCUUUUAUUGUUAAAGAAAUCCGUUUUAUAUUUUGGAAUGAUGGCACUCUCGUGGCUGUGCAGUAAACCGUGAAACUACUGCGAGCACUAAUUUAUUGUAGUUUAGCACAAAGAGUCGGAGCAGCGAUUGGUAUUUUGUGUUGGACUGUUUCGAUUCUUUUAACAAGUUGUCAAACAAGUUGAGCCAAGACAUUAAAUAUAUUCUGAACAAAUGAUUAUUUUUUUUACAAUAUUGUUGCACAGAUUAAACAAUCUAGAAUAAUUUUUAACACCAUUUGGCAAGAAAAGUGUUAAAAUUCACUGAUAACAUUAACAAUAGCUCCGUUCAGUUCAUGUAGUGACAGCCAUCGUUAGUCUGAUUAUUUGCACCUGUGCUUUCCCCACUUUGAUCUAUCAAGAUGGCUGCCGUGAAAAAGGCCCAUUCUUUUAAAAUUUUAAUUAGCUGCUAUAUUCAGGUGAAUGUUUCUCUCACCACUGCACCGCACGUACCAGGAAGCAGACAAUAAACGGACAAAUGCGGCAAAAGUACAUCAAAGGUGGGACCUUUUUCUGUUGAAGAUUCUGCUCUUCUUAUGUGACCAUGAACUACCAAAAGGAACCUCCUUUAAAGGAAUACUUCACUGAUUUGCAUGUAGCUUUGUAUUACUAGAAUAUUGAAAACAUGUGCCUCCCAACCUCAGUUUCUCCUGAGUUGAGAAAUAUCUUCAUUCUUUUCUUUGUUAUGUGUCCACCAGUGACACUUGGUCCUGUUAGCAAAGAUGGCGGACACUGUUUACAUUCUGGGAAUGGGGUCCCGUCCCCCUACGAGUGGGUCUAAAAAGUGUGGAAUUAGCGUUGCAGUUUCAAGCUUCAGACUAAGUGUCACUGGUGGGCACGUAACAAAAAAAGAAUGAAGAUAUUUCUCGACUCAGGGAACUGAGGUUUGAGAGCACAAUUUUUCAAAAAUACUACUCCUAUUCCAGUAAUACAAAGCUAAAUGCAAGUUGGUGAAGUAUUCCUUUAAUGCAAGUGUAUAAGUUGUCCAACUUUCUAAAAUGUCCUGAUCAUAACUUCAGCCCCCCUCCCCACACACCCACUCCCACACACUCACACACUGCCUGAAAAAAAAUCACUCUUUGUCUGAUGCUUUGUUGUUCAAGAUCAAGAUUCAUGUUUUAGCCAUCUUGCAUUUAUUAAUGCUAUAUAACUAUUUAUUGUUUACAGAAACCUAUAGACCGAACAGAAUAUGCAUAAUGAGUCUUAAUUGCUGUGAUUAUUCCGAGCACCCAGAUUAACAGUAAUCCUGCUUGACAAAUCACAAUUGUUCAGUAUCCUGUACCAGAUAAACAGGUGUGACACAAAAAAACAACAACAGUACAUUAGCAGCAUUUAGGACUUUGUGCCAAAAUGCUAAGGAAUGCAUGGAAUGGCAUGGAAAUAAUAUAUAUGAAGAAUUUUAUGGGAUAAGGGGUUAUUUAUAAAUGUAAGAAGUUGGGAAACUAUGAAAAACCUUUUGUAUUUCAGAAAUGUGUUGCAUUUCAGUGACCUUCCAUUUGUUCAAAUGUGCCAUAGCCUGUUGUAUUGUUUUUUUUUUUUUUUUUUCCUCAUUGAAAGAACACUUGUGCUGACAGAAUUAUUUUUUUUUACUUUUUUUUUUUUUUUUUUUUACUACAGAAAAACAAAGGGGAUAUUUGCAAUAUGCUGAUUAAUUUACAGUAAAUGUAAACUGCCAUAGUAAUCACAGCAGUAUUAAAACAGGAGAGAUGCAAGAUGAUGGACUCUGGUUGUUGUUUUUUCCCUUAUCAUAUAGCCAAGUUAAUUGUUCUGUAACUGAAUAAAGGUCAGUCUACAAACAAGGCUCAACUUUACAGCAGUAUUUGCAUCAGCAUCUCAGGACGUUCCCUCCCUACCUGACAAAUCUCUACAUGUAUCCCCCUUUAAUCUCGUUGUACACUGUAUAAUGACAAUAAAGGUGAUUCUGAGUGUAUCCACCCAUCUGAA